GAUGAGUUUAUUCGUACUAUGACUCUCUUUCGAAAGGUUUGUCCGUCAACAUCCAGGUAUUUACCUAACACACACGUCGAGGUUUUGCCAUAACCUCUGCGGUACAACAUGGCGUACAGAGCAAGAGGGCUCUGCCCCAUGAGCAGGCGGGCUAUGCGCCUCUCCAGCAGUUGGUAUCCUGUCAGUCAAGCCAGCGUACGGACGAUCCAGUCGUUGCGAUCAGUACCGAGUUCCCGAUGCCUUCGUACACCUACAAUUGCCUUUUCUCAGUCCCAAUGCCUUCGCUCCCAACAUCGCGGCUAUGCCACGACGACCUCCGCCGCCGAGAGAGGGUCCCCUCAAACCCUCACCGAGAAGAUCGUUCAACGCUAUGCUGUUGGCCUACCCCCAGGCAAGCGUGUCCGGAGCGGCGACUACAUCAGCAUCGAGCCGGCCGCUAUUCUUACCCACGACAAUUCGUUCCCGGUCAUGACGAAAUUCAUGUCGAUAGGAGCAACCAAAGUCCACCGCCCCGGUCAACUCAUCAUGGCGUUGGAUCACGAUGUGUCCAACCGCAGCGAGGUCAACCUCGCCAAGUACAAAAAAAUCGAGGCCUUCGCUAAGGAGCAAGGGGCUGCCUUCUACCCCGCCGGCCACGGAAUCGGUCACCAAAUCAUGGUGGAGGAGGGGCAUGCCUGGCCAGGGACCAUGGCUGUUGCCUCGGACAGCCACAGCACUCACUACGGCGGAGUGGGUUGCCUUGGAUCCCCCGUCGUGCGCACCGAUGCUUGCAGUAUUUGGGCUACAGGUCGGACAUGGUGGAACGUCCCGCCCAUUGCGCGUGUCACGCUUACGGGAACGCUGCCGCAGGGUGUGACCGGCAAAGAUGUCAUCGUUGCGCUGUGCGGCAUCUUCAAGAGCGACGUUCUAAACCAUGUCGUUGAGUUCACGGGGCCCGAAGAGACCAUGCAGACCCUACCGGUCGAUACUCGCGUAACGAUCGCCAACAUGUCCUGCGAAUGGGGCGCCCUUGCCGGCCUGUUCCCCAUCGACCGUACUCUGGAGCGCUGGUUGCGGUAUAAGGCGACCGAAGCGGCCAUGCUUGAAGACCGAACCACGCGGGAUCGCAUCACGCAUGAGACGGUGGACAAACUCUUCGCUAACCCAGUCACGGCAGACCCCGAUGCCGUGUACGCUAAGCAGCUCUACCUAAACCUCUCCACGCUCUCGCCCUACGUCUCCGGUCCUGACUCCGUCAAGGUUGCGACGCCCCUCCACGAGUUAGCGCCGCAGAAGAUCAAAGUCGACCGCGCGUAUAUCGUGUCUUGCACCAAUAGCCGAGCCUCCGACAUCAGGGCUGCUGCCAAGGUUUUCAGGGACGCCGGUGAGGCCAACGGGGGCGUUAUUCCCAAGAUCUCCGACAGUGUCAAGCUCUACGUCGCGGCAGCCUCAGCAGCAGAGCAGGAGGCCGCCGAGGUUAUGGGUGACUGGCAGAUCCUCGUCGAGGCCGGCGCCCAGCCCCUCAUGGCUGGCUGCGGCCCUUGCAUUGGCCUCGGAACGGGGCUGCUCGAACCCGGCGAGGUCGGCAUCAGCGCCAGCAACCGCAACUUCAAGGGACGCAUGGGAUCGCGCGACGCAAAGGCAUACCUCGCGAGCCCCGAAGUCGUGGCUGCCAGCGCUCUCAGCGGCAUUAUCACGGGGCCGGGCAUCUACCAGGUACCCGAGGGCUGGUCCGGCGUGGACGCGGGGUACGGCACCGGCCUCCCACGCACCCCCGAGACCGAGCUCUCCGGUCUCGUACAGCAGCUCGACUCGCUCAUCGACCGGGUCGAGUCGGCCGUGGCACCGGCCGACGACAAGUCCGCGACAGAAAUCCUGCCGGGCUUCCCCGAGCGCAUCAGCGGCGAGAUCGUCUUCUGCGACGCCGACAACCUCGACACGGACGCCAUCUACCCGGGCCGGCUGACGUACCAGGACAACGUGUCGCGCGAGGACAUGGCGCGCGCCUGCUUCUCCAACUACGACCCCCAAUUCGACGGCAUCGCCAAGCCGAACGACAUCAUCGUCUCGGGCUUCAACUUCGGCUGCGGCUCGUCGCGCGAGCAGAGCGCCACCGCCAUCCUCGCCCGCGACAUCCCCCUCGUCGUCGCCGCCAGCUUCGGCAACGUCUUCUCCCGCAACAGCAUCAACAACGCCCUGAUGGGGCUCGAGAUCCCGCGCCUCGUCGAGCGCCUGCGCGCGCGCUUCGCCCCGCAGGCCGCCGCCGGGGAGGCGCGCGUGCUCACGCGCCGCACGGGCUGGACCCUGACGUGGGAUGUCCGCCGCAGCCUCGUCGAGGUGACCGAGGGCCCCGGCGGGGAGACGUGGACGGAGCAGGUCGGGGAGCUGCCGGCCAACGUGCAGGAGAUCAUCGCCGCGGGGGGGCUCGAGGCUUGGGUCAAGGCCGAGCUGGCCAAGGCGGCGUGAUUGUGGAAAGUCUGGAAAGGGUGUGUUGGGUGGGGGGAACGACGAUGUGUAGAACACCUACUCGUGAGCAAGGUCUUGUUUAGACUCUCUCAUAUCGAUCUGUACAUAAAAGGUAACAUAAAAGGUCAGCGGAAUCCUGACCGAACCAGGGUUUAGUAAACACAGAAAAGAAAAGACAAUUUUAGCAACAAAAAUAUCCAUCAACUUCACCAAAUCAUCACGUUCUGCGCAUUGCUCAUCGAU